AUGCUCAGAACAUUAUUUGGGUCCAGACUUGGACCUUCUGUGCGUACGCUUGUGCCAGUCCAAAGGCCAGUGUCGUCGUACCUUGCAUCCAUCCGCACAAACAUCCCACUUGCUACUCCAAUGGUUCCUUCAUUAUGCCAACAACAGAAACGAUACGCUACAUUGAACCAGAUCAAGAGUGGGAGCCAUGUUAAGCCGGUCAAGCCAUAUGUGUCUAAAGCACCACAUUUGGGCAACAAUCCAUUCAAGAAAGGAGUCGUUUUGAGAGUGAUGAUUGUUAAGCCUAAGAAGCCUAACUCGGCCCAGAGAAAAUGUUGCAGAGUGAGACUCACCAACGGAAACGUGGUGUCGUGUUUGAUUCCUGGAGAAGGACACAAUUUACAGGAGCAUCAUGUGGUGCUUGUGAGAGGCGGAAGAGUCCAGGAUUUGCCUGGUGUUAAGUACCGUCUUGUGAGAGGAGCAUACGACUUGACUGGUGUAGCUAAUAGAGCCACCUCGCGGUCGAAGUACGGAGUGAAGAAGCCUAAGGAGUAA